AUUUCAGUGGCAUUCGCAUGUUCAGGCUUGGCAAGCUGAAAAGAAGAAUCACUUUCUCCGUUUCUUUGCCACUUCUUUUUCUCCUUAAUUUGAUCCCAUAACAAAACUACUCAACCGUAGGAAGAAAAUCUAGAUUUGCCAGGAAAAUUGUAUCCCACUGAAUGCUCCAGCCGUUUUGCAAAGCCUGCUUCCCUAAGUCUCAGGAUGACUCAUCUGAUCACCUCGUCGGAUUGCAACAUCUUUUGACGGCUUUCAAGAAUUUGCACCAAGAGGACGGAGAGGAGCAGCUGUUCUUCUGAAGGAUUUCCAAGCUUCUCGAGUUAGUUGUAUCUCUGCAAGACUUCGGAGUAUGCCUUUCGUCACAAAGAGCAGGUUUGCUCAAGUCCAUUAAGCAGUGAAAUGUGGCUGUGACAGCUGUGAUGAAACAUCAAUUUCUUUGCCCACAGAGCCAGGAAGAGCCAAGGCACCAUGAAAAGCCAGUGUUCCCAGGGCUUUCAGAAAUCCUUCAAAUGUCCACUUUUUGCAGCAUGAAGACGUUCCUUCAGAUUUUCCAAUGUACAUGAAAGAGAAGACUCACUAUGCCAAAUGCCCUCCUUCCAUACUGAGAAAAAGACCACCCUUCAACCAAGAUCUCAGCAAAACACGAAAAGCAGAGCGGCGAGUUCGGUUCCAGGAACCAGAAGAGAUCAUUAGACGUGCUCGCCAGAGGACGGCAAACACCAUGCCUUUGUUCCUGUGGAUUUUCCUUUGUCUGGCCCUGUUUUUGGCUCUAAGUCUAUAUUGCAGUAGCGUGAGGCAAGAUUUCAAAGUCCUGGAAGACUUUCGCUCCCAGCUUGUUAUCGCCUUUCUUCAGAUCAGACAUGUUGCUCUGAAAUGCUGGACCUGGUUUACGAGUCAAUAAGCAGCAAUGCAUAGGAAGCCAAACAGAGCUGGAGACAAUGGGUGGUUUCCUUCAGGACCUCUGAAUGCAUUUGGGGGGGGGGGGGAAAUAAAGCCCUUUUUAGAAAGAACUCAGCUGAGAAUGAGCCUCUUCUUGUUGAACAAUGGAGCUGUUCCUGGUGAUCGCUUCACUUUUCCUGCUGUCGUUCUAUAGUACCUUCUGUAACAUGCUUAUCGUAUC